AUGGCCGGCCGCAGCUCCCACCCCCGUGCCGCGCAGGCGCCGGGCGAGCCGGGACUUGCGCGCCCUGUGCAGCUGAAGCGCUUUGUGUUUAGCGGGGCCGCGUCAGCCCGGCAGGGUACGAGGCGCCUCGGGUCCCCGAACCACCUCCUGCUGCUCCCCCGUCGCCGCUCCCGAAGCUUUUCCAGAUCAUCCCCGCGAUUUCCUGUUUAUUGCAUUAAGGCGCCGGGUUUCCGGGGCUCCUGGCCCCGCUUAUUCCGCGGGGGUCGGCGGGGUGGGCCUGGGUCCCCGCUCCGCCCGCGCCGCCGCCGCGCUUUGUCCGCUGGCACCCCGCUUCUGGGAGGGGCGGGCAGACAUGGUGGCGGCCGCCGCCCCCUCGUCGGCCCCGGCGCACCACGGCCUCCCUGCGGCUCUCCGCCGGGCCGGUCCCGAGCGGCGGCCCCGGAGCGGGAUAGGGUCAGGCCCGGGCUGCGGGAACUGCGGCCGCCGAGUGGCAGGCGGUGGGCGGGCGAGGCAGGCUGGCGCUUUACGGCCUUGGCGCUGCCGCCCCGGGAGCCGCCGCUCUCUUUGUUUGGGCCGCCCAGCCGGAGCGGGGAAGGGUCGGUGGGGACGGCCGGCCUCCGGCGCGCUGUUCUGUUCGGGCCGCGAGGCCUGGAGGCGCUCGGGCCGCGGCGGGAGCAGCCGGCUCGGCCGGCCCGGACAGGGUUAACGGGAGCGCCCAACUGGUCCCGUGCGGGUCCGCCGCGGCGACUGCCUCGGCCUCGGGGACUCGAGUUCCUGAGGGGAGGAAGCCAGCUGCUCUGGAUGCUGGGGACUUCUGCUCUUGGGAUUUGCCCGCCGGCAUCUGCGGGUGCACGGCCUCCGGGACGAAGUUGA